UCAGUUUCAUAAAGUGCCUUAGUGAUAACGAAGUAUUUUAUCAGAUGUCAAUAUUAAGAAAUCGAACUUGACUUCACUCGAAGUAAAGAAGCUUCAGUUUUAUUCUUAACUCAAUAGUCAGGAGUUCCUUCAACGUGUUAUUUAUACAAUUUGUCGUCGAACAAUGGUAAAUAAAUUCUGGUGCCAAGAAGCAGCAAGGAAGUGGUUCUACAAAAAGGAUCAGUCACUACAUUCACGACUCUUGUCCGAACCAAAAUGUCAGAAACACGUAGCCACCUGGUACCUACUUUAUCGUUGGUUAAUCUUUAUGAUCUGGGCUUGCAUAGUCGUGUGUUCGAUUUUCGAAUUCGGUAGCUACAAACCUAUGGUAGUAUAUGAUAAGUGGCCAAUUUAUUUGACAAACUGGGAUUUAAUAUUGGGUAUCAGUCAAGCUUUGCUUGGCGGGUUUCUCGUAUUGAGAAGAUGGAAACUGCAAAAAGUAGCAGACUUUGAUCCUUCCGCGUUGAUGCUGGGAUUGAUAGACAGAGUUUAUUGGUUCCUUUACGUCGUAACUACUAGUAUCGCGUUUGGAGUUACGAUUACCUAUUGGUGCAGCAUAUUCGAUCCCAGGAUUCACUAUUUGGACCCUUUAAACAUUAUGCUACACAUAUGUAACAGUAUUUUAAUGAUAAUUGAUUUUUGUAUUACAAGCAUUCCGUUUAGAUUAAGGAACUUCUGGUGGUGUUUAAUCAUAGUGUUUUUAUACACCAUGUUUUCACUAAUAUAUUAUUUCGCUGGAGGAUUAGACAAGAAUGGUUAUCAUUAUAUUUAUAAAAUCCUCGAUUGGAAAAAACCUGUUCAAGCUUCAUUGAUAUGCGUAGGCGAAGGUAUAUUUAUAACUAUAUUGCAUUCCUUAAUGUGUUUCCUAGAGAAAGUGAAGGAUCGAUUGUAUCUGAAGAUCGAUAAGAAAUUAGGAAGACCGUAUGCGGAAACACACAUGUCUAGUGUAGAGAAACAUGCCGAUAUUGUCUGAAAAUUAGCGAUAAUAGGCAACAUUUUUUCACGAUUCUAAAAUGAAGUAUUAUGUAUUUGUAUUUUGUCUUAAUAUCUUUAGAAACUCUGUACCAUUCGAAACUAUAGUUUAAAGCAUUGAUAUACCUAUCUUUAGACAAGUUAAUUUUCUAUUUUUAGCUA